UAAGGCGUCGUUUAACCAAUAGAUAUAACAAAAAAUUAAUAUGGAUAUUUGGCAAUUUUAACGUAACUCAUUUUGAAAGGAAAACAUUUUCUGAAGAGAUGAUCCCUUGAAAUUAUGUGGUCACAGAUUUUUGUUAAAUAAAGUGCAUUAUUGCAUACCCCAUUCUGCUGUUGAUUGCAUGAGUCAUCGAGCUUUCUACCACAAACUAAUUUAGCUUGCUUUGAUUGAAUUUGAUACGGAUUAUUAAUCUACCAAAAAGCAGGUGUACGAGAGACAUAGUAUAAAUGAAUGCGCUGUUUUGUUCGGCACAAAAUAAAUUUCAUGCUUCUGCACACCAAUAACACAGUAAUUCAUAGAGCGGUAUACUAUUCUCCUGCAUCGUCACAAUGUCCACAUUUGGGUCUUUUUUUCCUCCAUCCCGUCCCUCUGGUAACGAUCUUAGAUUGUCCAUGACAAUGAUCUUAAUAUCUUAAAGAACUUAUAGAACAAAAAGAUUUCGUAAAAUUAAUUAAAAUUUCGGUGUCAUAUCUUUUAUGUUAGCGCGCAAUUCCUUAUGUUUAACAUAUGAUCUACCGACCAGGGAAAAACUGCCGAAAAAAAACGUCUAAGGUCGUAGCAACGGCAUCCUUUGUACGUUAGAUCAAUAGAAAGUGCUGAUAAGAUUUUAUUUCUCCUUAAAAAAAGACAGCUUUUCUUUUGUUGAUGUUUAAAUGAGACAAACUGAUUUUGGUGCAGUCUUUCCUUAGCAACAGCUCAUUUUAAUACCAUUCCAAUAAUGUUGAUGUUAUUCCGGCGCCACUAUACUUGUCAGAUGAAUAUUUGGGUUGUUGAAUUAUUUGCACCAAUUCAUGGAUCGUGAUGGUGACUCUUCAAACGCUUAUCGCCAAUUAUGCACGUGCGCUAAUCAUGAGUUCUAGAUAGUCGCGUAGUAACAAGCAGAUCUAAAAAAUAUUUUUAAGCCGAGUAGUAGGAUGAAAGUAUAAUAAGCCCCUAAAAACAUUAUUUCUUCUGAGCGCUUGUUUUCUCUCACACGGAUGUUUUGAAAUGCUGAGCGAGUUAAAACAGUUUCUAUGAGGGUUUUUUUCGUUCAAAAGGUGUGUAACUGACGAACUAAUAGAAACGCCUUCUAUCGAUGCUAGAAACGUGUUUCGCAUAUCGAUUUAACGGCUAAAAAAUGCAUUUUAAGCAUCGACUGAACGCGUUUCUAUUAUUUCGUCGUUUACACGCGUUUGGAUACUGUUUCAAAUGAGAACAAAACCUCCUGGGUUGUUAGUUUCAAAGCUUUAUAAUUUAUCUGAACUUAAUUGUAGAAGGCAUUCGGUAAGAUGGAUGUAAACGAAAGUCAUAUCGAAGAAAACAUCAGUCACGAAUCUAUUAUCUCUUUAUGCCAAUCACUAUAUUCAAACAGAUGCAUUACGUUAGAAUUUCGACGAUGUUUAAUUCUAAAAAGGUACGUUGCUUCCGAAUAGCUAACGAGGAAACAUAUCCAACUAUUACCUCGUUUUUUCAGCCAAACCCAGUGGAUUGUAGAUAAUCGACCACGCUGAUUCUGAAUAAAAAUAUGAGAACUUCUCUUAGGCCUUCAAAGAUCUGGUUUUCUGGAAAAUCAGUUUUUCAGAAACUCUAAAAAAGAACCAAAACAUUUCUUAACGAGGCAUAAUUGUAGCCCCACAUUUCUGAUUAAAAUGAGACUUCUCACAGCUCUACAUGACCUUUCUUUGCAAAGUUAUAGAAUUUACAAGAAAAGCCCUAAAUUGAUUUCUUCUUAUUUCUGUAGCUUUGAGUUCACAAUGACCAUUUAGGGCUUUUCUUGUAAAUUCUAUAACUUUGCAAAGAAAGGCCAUGUAGAGCUGUGAGAGAUCUCAUUUUAAUCAGAAAUAUGCGGGUUACAAUUAUGCCUCGUUAAGAAAUGUUUUGGUUCUUUUUUUAGAGUUUCUGAAAAGCUUAUUUUCCAGAAAACCGGAUCUUUGAAGGCCUUAGAGAAGUUCUCAUAUUUUUAUUCAGAAUCAGCGUGGUCGAUUACCUAUAACUCACUGGGUUGGGCUGAAAAGACGAGGUAACAGUUAAACAUAUUUCCUUGUAAGUUAUGAUUUCAUAAUGUUGGAAUUUUGUCUUAUUUCAGUAAUUUUGAUGAACUAAUGUUGGCACUAUCCAAAAAUGGAUCUCUGUGUUCAUUAAAUUUGAGCAUCAAGAUGCUAGAUGAAGAAGAACGUUUAGUAAAACUUAACCGGUCAUUAACUAAUGCUCAUAAUUUAGUUUGCCUACAGAUACAUGGUAAUAAUAUUCAAGAUAAGCAAUUUAUUGAAUUAUGCUCUGUAUUACAAAAAAAUUGUUUAAAGUUAAAAAUACUUGAUAUCGGAGAUAAUUGUCUGACGAACAAAUCGAUAGGAUCAUUGUGUCCCUUAUUGUUAACUGAUCAACAAUCAUCUGGGUUAGAAGAACUCUAUAUAAGUUCAAAUCGUUCUAUUACCAGCGCCGGAUGGACAGAACUAUUGUUUGCUAGUGAGUUAAAUAUAACAAAGAAGUGGGAAAUAAAUUUUCGAGCUCUUUGUUUAGUUUCAUAUAAUUCCUACUUGAAAAGACUAUCAAUGGAUUACAAUCAUAUCGAUAAUGUUACAUUGUCAAUGUUAGCAAUUGUCAUUUCAUCGAGUCGAACAUUGACGUACGUAGAUUUGGAAUGUUGUAAUUUGACAGAAUAUGCUGGACAGUUAUUGUUAUCGUUAUUAACACGUUAUCCUGUUGAAUUAAACGAAUUAGUUUUAGAAAAGAAUCCAUUAAUCACAGAAAAAACUUUAACUUUGAUAAAUGAUUGUCUAGAAUUGAAAACAAAAAACAAAUCAGCGAAUCGGCGUUUAUCAACAGUGUCUUCAUCGAGCAUAGUUCAAAAUAAAGAACAUGAUCGACAAAUGAUGAACGAGAGCGUUAAGACAAAAAAUAAAAAUAUUAGAUUUGAACAAUCACAAGUUUCGAAAACAAGCGAUUCAAAUAAACAAGAAAUUCCAAAGAAAAAUCCUCAAACUGUAACCUCACCAAGAAAACAAACAACAAAAAAAGAAUUACAACCACCGGCAUUGAUCAGACAACGACAGCAACAAAUUGAUCAAAAAGAAGUAGAAAUUCAAGAAGAAGAGUUAUUACCUGUUGAGAUUGAUUCUUUUGGGGGUAAUAAUCUACCAAUGUUUUAUUGGACCAGAAUGUAG